GUGGGAGCGAAGCGGUAGCUGGGCUGCUCCUGGAACCGUCGCUGCUUCGGGUUCCCUGUCGGGCUUCCUAGCAGCGGCCUAACAGAAAACUAAGAGAAGAUGUCUGAAUAUAUUCGGGUAACCGAAGAUGAGAACGACGAGCCCAUUGAAAUACCAUCAGAAGACGACGGGACGGUGCUGCUGUCCACGGUUACAGCCCAGUUUCCAGGGGCCUGUGGGCUGCGCUACCGGAAUCCAGUGUCUCAGUGUAUGAGAGGCGUCCGGUUGGUGGAAGGAAUUCUGCAUGCUCCCGAAGCCGGCUGGGGAAAUCUGGUAUAUGUUGUCAACUAUCCCAAAGAUAACAAAAGAAAAAUGGACGAGACGGAUGCUUCUUCAGCAGUGAAAGUGAAAAGAGCUGUCCAGAAAACAUCUGAUUUAAUAGUGUUGGGUCUCCCGUGGAAAACGACUGAACAGGAUCUAAAAGAAUAUUUUAGUACCUUUGGAGAGGUUCUUAUGGUUCAGGUCAAGAAAGAUCUCAAAACUGGUCAUUCAAAGGGGUUUGGUUUUGUUCGUUUUACGGAAUAUGAAACCCAGGUGAAAGUAAUGUCACAGCGACAUAUGAUAGACGGACGAUGGUGUGACUGUAAACUUCCUAAUUCUAAGCAAAGCCCAGAUGAGCCUUUGAGAAGCAGGAAGGUGUUUGUUGGGCGCUGUACAGAGGACAUGACCGCUGAUGAGCUGCAGCAGUUUUUUUGCCAGUAUGGAGAAGUGGUAGACGUCUUCAUUCCCAAACCGUUCAGGGCUUUUGCCUUCGUGACGUUUGCAGACGAUCAGGUUGCCCAGUCUCUUUGUGGAGAGGACUUGAUCAUUAAAGGAAUCAGCGUCCAUAUAUCCAAUGCUGAACCUAAGCACAAUAGCAAUAGACAGUUAGAAAGAAGUGGAAGAUUUGGUGGUAAUCCAGUUCAUCUCAUUUCAAAUGUUUAUGGAAGAAGCACUUCAUUGAAAGUAGUGCUGUAAAUAUUCUGCCAUAGGAAUACUUCCGUCUACAUGCUCUCUCAUUCAAGACUUCGUCAUCACACUGCACAGGCUGCGUCUUUGACGGUGGGUGUCCCAUUUUUAUCCGCUACUCUUUAUUUCAUGGAGUCGUAUCAACGCUAUGAACGCAAGGCUGUGAUAUGGAAACCAGAAGGCUGUUUGAACUUUUGAAACCUUGUGUGGGAUUGAUGGUGGUGCCGAGGCAUGAAAGGCUAGUAUGAGCGAGGAAAGGAGAGAGCGCGUGCAGAGACUUGGUGGUGCAUAAUGGAUAUUUUUUAACUUGGCGAGAUGUGUCUCUCAAUCCUGUGGCUUUGGUGCGAGAGUGUGCAGAGAGCAAUGAUAGCAAAUAACGUACGAAUGUUUUUUGCAUUCAAAGGACAUCCACAUCUGUUGGAAGACUUUAAGUGAGUUUUGUUCUUAGAUAACCCCGUUAGUUGGAUGUGUUAAGUGAAACGAUACUUGUAUUUCCCCUCCCCUUUUGUCAACUGCUGUGAAUGCUGUAUGGUGUGUGUUCUCUUCUGUUCCUGAUCUGUAAGUGUGGUCCUGUGAACUGAAGCUGGUGGGUUGAGAACAUGGACUGAGCUUGUGGUGUGCUUUGCAGGAGUACUUGGAAGCAGAGUUCACCAGUGAGCUCGGGGUGUCGCCACGAAGGGUGGAAGUUCUAAUGUCUGUCAGCUACCCAUAAGAAUGCUGUUUGAUGCAGUUCUGUGUCCUGUGCUUGGAUGCUUUUUAUAAGAGUUGUCAAUGUU